UGAGAAAAUUGUGAAAAAAAUCAGAGGUCUACAGAUGAAGGCAGAAGACUAUGAUGUUGUAAAAGUUAUUGGAAGAGGUGCUUUUGGUGAAGUUCAGUUGGUUCGUCAUAAGGCAUCACAGAAGGUUUAUGCUAUGAAACUUCUUAGUAAGUUUGAAAUGAUAAAAAGAUCAGAUUCUGCUUUUUUCUGGGAAGAAAGAGAUAUUAUGGCUUUUGCCAACAGUCCAUGGGUGGUUCAGACAGGCAUGGUGCAUUGUGACACAGCAGUUGGAACACCUGACUAUAUAUCACCUGAGGUUCUGAAAUCACAAGGGGGCGAUGGUUACUAUGGGCGAGAAUGUGAUUGGUGGUCUGUAGGUGUUUUCCUUUUUGAGAUGCUGGUGGGGGAUACUCCAUUUUAUGCAGAUUCACUCGUGGGCACAUACAGCAAAAUUAUGGAUCAUAAAAACUCACUAUGUUUCCCUGAAGAUGCAGAAAUUUCUAAACAAGCAAAGAACCUCAUCUGUGCCUUCUUAACAGAUAGGGAGGUACGACUUGGGAGAAAUGGGGUAGAAGAAAUCAAACAACAUCCUUUCUUUAAGAAUGAUCAGUGGAAUUGGGAAAACAUAAGAGAGACGGCAGCACCUGUGGUACCUGAGCUCAGCAGUGACAUAGACAGCAGCAAUUUCGAUGACAUUGAAGAUGAUAAAGGAGAUGUAGAAACCUUCCCAAUUCCUAAGGCUUUUGUGGGAAAUCAGCUGCCAUUUAUAGGAUUUACCUACUAUAGAGAAAAUUUGUUAUUAAGUGACUCUCCAUCUUCUAGAGAAAAUGAUACCAUACAAUCGAGGAAAAAUGAAGAAAGUCAAGAGAUUCAGAAAAAAUUGUACACAUUAGAAGAACAUCUUAGCACUGAGAUACAAGCCAAAGAGGAACUAGAGCAGAAGUGCAAAUCUGUUAAUACGCGUCUAGAGAAAGUAACAAAGGAACUAGAAGAAGAGAUUACCUUAAGGAAAAAUGUGGAAUCAGCAUUGAGACAAUUAGAAAGAGAAAAGGCACUUCUUCAGCACAAAAAUGCAGAAUAUCAGCGGAAAGCUGAUCAUGACGCAGACAGGAAACGAAAUUUGGAAAAUGAUGUUAACAGUUUAAAAGAUCAACUUGAAGAUUUGAAAAAAAGAAACCAGAGCUCUCAAAUAUCCACUGAGAAAGUGAAUGAACUCCAGAGACAACUGGAUGAAACCAAUGCUUUGCUGAGGACAGAAUCUGAUACCGCAGCCCGGUUACGAAAAACCCAGGCAGAAAGUUCAAAACAGAUUCAGCAGCUGGAAUCCAACAAUAGAGACUUACAAGAUAAAAAUUGCCUCCUGGAGACUGCCAAGUUAAAACUUGAAAAGGAAUUUAUCAAUCUUCAGUCAGUUCUAGAGUCUGAAAGGAGGGACCGAACCCAUGGAUCCGAGAUAAUUAAUGAUUUACAAGGUAGACUUUCUGGCCUGGAAGAAGAUUUAAAGAAUGGCAAAUUCUUACUAGCAAAAGUAGAAGUGGAGAAGAGGCAACUACAGGAGAGAUUGACUGACUUGGAAAAGGAAAAGAACAAUAUGGAGAUAGACAUGACAUACCAACUGAAAGUUACACAGCAAAGCUUAGAACAGGAAGCAGCCGAGCAUAAGACUACAAAAGCACGGUUGGCGGAUAAGAACAAGAUUUACGAGUCUAUUGAAGAAGCUAAAUCAGAAGCCAUGAAGGAAAUGGAGAAAAAACUCUUGGAGGAAAGAACUUUAAAACAAAAAGUGGAGAACCUGCUGCUGGAAGCUGAGAAAAGAUGCUCUAUAUUAGACUGCGACCUCAAACAGUCGCAGCAGAAAGUGGACGAGCUCCUUAAACAGAAGGACGCGCUAAACGAGGAUGUUAGAAACUUGACUUUGAAGAUAGAACAGGAAACUCAGAAGCGCUGCCUCACUCAAAAUGACUUGAAGAUGCAAACUCAGCAAGUUAACACACUAAAAGUGUCUGAAAAACAGUUGAAACAAGAGAAUAAUCAUCUCAUGGAAAUGAAAUUGAGCUUGGAAAAACAGAAUGCUGAACUUCGAAAAGAACGUCAAGAUGCAGACGGGCAAACGAAAGAGCUCCAAGAUCAGCUUGAGGCAGAGCAGUAUUUCUCAACUCUGUAUAAAACACAGGUUAAGGAACUUAAGGAAGAAUGUGAAGAAAAAACCAAACUUUGUAAAGAAUUACAGCAGAAGAAACAGGAAUUACAGGAUGAAAGGGACUCAUUGGCUGCCCAGCUGGAGAUCACCUUGACCAAAGCUGAUUCUGAGCAGUUGGCUCGUUCAAUUGCUGAAGAACAGUAUUCUGACUUAGAAAAAGAGAAGAUCAUGAAAGAGCUAGAGAUCAAAGAGAUGAUGGCCAGACACAGGCAGGAGCUCACGGAGAAGGAGGCUACAGUUGCGUCUCUUGAAGAAACUAAUAGAACACUAACUAGUGAUGUUGCCAAUCUUGCCAAUGAGAAAGAAGAAUUAAAUAACAAAUUAAAAGAUGCACAAGAACAACUGUCAAGGUUGAAAGAUGAAGAGAUAAGUGCAGCAGCUAUUAAGGCUCAGUUUGAGAAGCAGCUGCUAACAGAAAGGACGCUCAAAACCCAGGCUGUGAAUAAGUUGGCAGAGAUCAUGAAUCGCAAAGAACCUGUCAAACGUGGUAGUGACACAGAUGUGCGGAGAAAAGAGAAAGAGAAUAGAAAGCUGCAUAUGGAGCUUAAAUCUGAACGUGAAAAAUUCACCCAGCAGAUGAUUAAGUAUCAAAAGGAACUGAAUGAAAUGCAGGCUCAAAUAGCUGAAGAGAGCCAGGUUCGAAUUGAAUUGCAAAUGACACUGGACAGUAAAGACAGUGACAUUGAGCAGCUGCGGUCACAGCUUCAGGCCUUGCAUGUCGGCAUGGACAGCUCCAGCAUAGGCAGCGGGCCUGGGGAUGCCGAGGCAGACGAUGGCUUUCCAGGUGCAGAAUCAAGACUUGAAGGAUGGCUUUCACUGCCAGUGCGAAACAACACUAAGAAAUUUGGAUGGGUUAAGAAGUAUGUGAUUGUAAGCAGUAAGAAGAUUCUUUUUUAUGACAGUGAACAAGAUAAAGAACAGUCUAAUCCUUAUAUGGUUUUAGAUAUUGACAAGUUAUUUCAUGUCCGCCCAGUUACACAGACAGAUGUAUAUAGAGCAGAUGUUAGAGAAAUUCCAAGGAUAUUCCAGAUUCUCUAUGCUAAUGAAGGAGAAAGUAAAAAGGAACAAGAGUUUCCAGUGGAGCCAGUGGGAGAAAAGUCAAAUUACAUAUGCCACAAAGGACACGAAUUCAUUCCUACUCUCUACCAUUUCCCAACCAACUGUGAGGCCUGUAUGAAGCCUCUGUGGCAUAUGUUCAAGCCUCCGCCUGCCCUAGAGUGCCGCCGCUGCCACAUCAAGUGUCACAAGGACCACAUGGACAAAAAGGAGGAGAUCAUAGCGCCUUGCAAAGUGUAUUACGAUAUUUCAACGGCAAAGAAUCUAUUACUAUUGGCAAAUUCUACCGAAGAGCAGCAGAAGUGGGUUAGUCGGUUGGUGAAAAAGAUACCUAAGAAGCCUCCCGCUCCAGACCCUUUUGCACGAUCAUCUCCUAGAACUUCAAUGAAGAUACAGCAAAAUCAGUCUAUAAGACGGCCCAGUCGACAGCUCGCCCCUACCAAACCAAGCUAACUGCCUUCUGUGAAUGCAGUCAUUCUUCAUGGUGACCAUGUUCUUCCAGUUAAAAGAAGACUGAAGUAUGAUGGCCCAAGAUUUAUUGAAAAGCUAUAUUUUCAUGAGAGACUUAUGUACACACACACAUACAUAUAUAAGUGCAUAUAUAUAUAUACGUGUAUGUGUAUAUAUAUAUAUAUAUAUGUUCCCUUUUUUCCCGUAAUAUAAAUUAUAAAUCUUGGAGAGAUUUUUCUGGGCUCCUUUGAAGCAACACCUUGAGCCAGCAGUGAUACUAAUAAGAGUAAGGAUGUCAUGUGCAACUCUUCCAGACUUACUCCAUAAAGCUCUUUUGACAGUCACUCACACUACAUUGUUCAAAACGAUGGAGAAGAGUUAAAGUUUAAAGAAAUCAUCUUUUCAGCUUCAAGAGAGAUUUCACCAGCACAUUUACCAGAAGAAUCUGGGAAUGGAUUCCACUACAGUGAUAUAGACUGCCUCUUUUAAGUAGUGAUCAUUAAACUGUGUGUGUGUGUGUAUGUAUAUAUACAUGUGUAUAUAGAUACACACGUGCACAUAUAUAUCUAUAGUACAAGAGGAUUUUUUAGAUGUCCCACUUUAUUUUUUUAUGCACAUUAAUCAGAUGCCAUCACUUACUGCAGUUGAGACUGUGCGUUGCACAAAGCCAUAACAUGUGUUAUAGCAUCCAUCUGGGUACCUGAUGGAAGCCGCAUGUUCACGGUUAAGCAGUUACUGAGACAAGAAUCAUACCAGUUUCCCAAUGCUUCGUGAUAGCAGCUUUAACCAUUUUGAAUGCCUUAAUUUAAUUUUUUUUUUUAAGUCUCAGUCCUUUUCUGUAUUUAAGGAAAAAAAAGACCACAUGUAUUUACCAGCUCUUAGGAUACAAAUUUGCUUUGCAGAAGAAAAAUAGUGCACUAUUUUUACACAUAAUAGUUAUCAAUGUCAGUCUAUUUUGAUUGUAUAACAGAUUUUUUUUUUAAAUGUUGGUGAUAGAAACAAUAAUGGAUAGUAUUGGAACUAAUAUAUCUUUUAUUAUAUCUAUAUUAUCCCUCCAACUCUUUUUACAGACCUCAGUAUUAGUGUGUGACUAUGAAACAUUUUCUUUGCUUUGAAUUUGCUGGCUACCUUUGAUGUGUCUUUAUUUCUGAUAAAGACAUCUGUGACUUUUUUUACAUUUUUCACACUCAAGAUUCAAAAAUUAACUCUAAAGAAAACAAGACACACUGUAGAUAUAUUUUAAAUAUUUAAAUGGGACCCCUUAAACACACAACUAUGUAUGGCAAUAUUUCAUUAAUGGGCUAGAAAACUGGCGGUUGGGAAGGGUGGCCUCAAAGGCACUUAGCUUGAGGUUCUUAAUGUGUGCUGAAGCAAUAUGGUUUGUGGCAUGUGUAGGUUUUGGGUGAGCGGCGUUAUUAGUCAGCACCUGCACAUGCUGCACUAUGGUCCCCACAGAUUGUAUUUUUUAAAUGCUAUUAAAAUUAGAAGCAGAACUGAUCCUGCUCAGUUCCUCAUCACCCUGAAAAAGUCGGCUUUAUACUGCCAGAGUAUGCAUCAGUAGUAAUAAGCAUAAGUAGUCUCUGUCAGCCGCUGUACACACACACGAUUUGAUGUGAUGUUGAAAUGUCUGAUAUUUCAAUGAAGGAAGUAGAUAUUUUUCAUUGAUUCUCUGGACUCAGUGUAGAGAUGUCUAAGGGUAGGGUCCCCAGUUAGAGAUACUGUUGUGGAAACUGAAGAGGCUUUUGGUCAGCUGAUGGCUGGAAAGGAAGCCCCUCCUCUUGCGUGGUUGCUGCGCCCUCGUGCGGCCUGUGCUAAACCGAUGCCUGAGUCACUUCUCCUGCAGGAAGAAAAACUCUAGGUUGCCAAACCACAACUGAAGAGGUCGUGCUGCUGUUGACAACCUGCUCUUGCAGGACUCUGGGGGGAGAACAGAACCGUGGACGCUGUCACCAUGUGGGAACGUGCUGUAAGACACAUCACACCUGGGAGGGCUGGCCGCUGCUGAGCUCUGGGCCGAGUGUGCGGAAGCUGCCUCCCUGCAGCCUGGCUCAGUUGAAGACACCUGGUUGGUCUGUAAAGCACUUUGAAGAUGAGCACUGUUGGAUGGUGCUGAAUGUUAUGCUUGGGGGCCUCUCCUUGAUUUCCUCGCCCAUAACAAGUUGUUUGGGAUUGUAAUAAGUUAUGAACUGCAUGACUUAGGUAAUCAUAAACAUUUGAUCAACUGUCCCCCUUGAACAAAAAUCGUACCCCCUUGAUUUUAAUUUUGUUGCAUCUCUAUAGUAAUGUAAUUGUAUUUUAUGCCUGCUUUUUAUUAAAAAAAUAAAAGAAAUCAAGGCACAAGCCUUUUAAUAUUUACCUGUAAAUAGUCCUGGAAUGCUAAAAACUUCUAAAAUUUGCCUUCCAUGAUAAGUGGGUUUGGCAAGCAAGUAAUAAUUAUGGUUAGAGGCUUGUGAAUCCUUAGCCCUGUCAGUUAUUCCAGGGAGAAAUGCAAGAUUUCAACCAGGAGGCUGUCUGAAUUGACCUAGACACUUUAAAGGGAAUGCAAACCUAGCAAUCUCAUUUGAGGGUCAAGAAUAAGAAGACAGAUGCCCAUUUUGUCAGGAAUACUGUGCUGUAAGUGGCUACUUCCUAGGACACUUAUUAACCAUCUAAUCUGGGGCAGAUUAUUCACUCAGGCUCCAUGUUUUCAUCUGUAAAAUGGAAUUACAGGGUUAUUGUAUGAUAAUGUGUCUAGAAUAAUCUGAAAUAGCUCAAACAUUUGUUCCCCUCCAACCAAAAGAAAAACGAAGAACAUUUCAGGUAAGAUAGGAUAUCCUUAAGAGUUGCUUUAAGAGCGUUUACACUAAUUUAAAAGUAUUAUCUAAAUACUUGUUGGACUAAGUCACAAUUUGUAUUCAUGCUAAUAGUCACAUUGUAAUUGAGAAAAGGUUGGGUUUUUUACAAUGAACUUUAAAACUAUAUAACAUUUUCAGGUAACAUGUUUCUCUGCCUGCUGCUCCCAAGCAGUACUGAGUGGACCAGGUCUAGGUU